AUGGCUGAGAAAUUUGAAAGUCUGGUGAACAUUCAUGGUUUUGAUCUGGGCACUAGGUAUAUGGAAUUGGCUUGUGGAGGCAAUGGCUUGGUUUCCUCUGCUGUAGGCAAUGACUGUAACAAAAGAGUAGCCAUCAAGAAAAUUGCUCUUACUGAUCUCCAGAGUGUCAAACAUGCUUUAUGUGAAAUCAAAAUUAUUAGAAUACUUGGCCAUGAUAAAAUUGUGCAAGUGUUUGAAAUUCUUGGUCCCAGUGGAAGCCAGUUAACAGAUAAUGUGGUAUCUCUUACUGAACUGAAGAGUGUCUACAUUGUUCAGGGGUACAUGGCAACAGACUUGACUAAGGUGCUGGAACAGGGACCUUUACUGGAGGAGCAUGCCAGACUUUUCAUUUAUCAGCUGCUAUGUGGGCUCAAGUAUUUUCACUCUGCAAAUGUACUGUGCAGAGAUCUCAAACCAGCUAAUCUUUUCAUGAAUACUGAGGACUUGGUCCUGAAGAUAGGUGACUUUGGUCUUGCAUGGAUCAUGGAUCCUCAUUAUUCCCAUAAGGGUCAUCUUUCUGAAGGAUUAGUUACUAAAUGGUACAGAUCUCCAUAUCUUUACUUUCUCCUAAUAAUUACACCAAAGCCAUUGACAUGUGGGCUGCAGGCUGCAUAUUUGCUGAAAUGA